UCAGGCAGCAGAGGCCAGAAGACCAAGAGACCCUCAUCGACACUGAGAAGGCCUCCACAGAAGCCUCGGAGUCUCCUCACACGAGAUACACGAGAGGAACCGGCUGGCAGGGUGCAGAAAGGGCGGCUGCAGCUGCAGACUGGCCAGAUGCCUCAGUCAGAGCUAGCAGCGGCCAUGGCCACAAAGGAGGAGCAGACCAUACUGAGGGCAAGAGAAUUUAAGGACCCUGAAGCUACCCAUCCAUAUUGGCCAGGCCCAGAUACCAAGUCUCAGAGUUCGGCCGAUGAUAGCAUGGUACCCUUGACACCCCGGCAGCUGGCAGCCUUCCAGGAUAUCUUCAAACUGUUCAGCUGCAGCCCCACGGGCACCGUGGACAUGCAUAGCAUGAAGGUUGCCCUGCGCAAUGUGGGUAUCCAGCUGGGCCCACAGGAGAUGUGUGAGGCUCUUCGGCUGGCCGACUUAGAUGGUGGGUUUCCCAUCUCUUUGUGUUCUCCCCACCUCCAGGCAAUCUCCUAAUCAAUGCUACCCAUACCUACCAUAUCCUUGGCCUCCGUCCUGGUUUUUUUUUUUUUUUUAAAGUUCCCUCUUCCAGGAAGCACCCUAUCUCCCUGCCUUUGUACAUGGCUACUGAGUCAAUCCUCAUCCCCCAGGCAAGAGCUGUUUCUCUCCGCACUCACACUAGCACCCCCUGGCUUCUACAGAAGUAUGUUAAUAAGUCAUGUUAGUACUUUAUAGUGAAAUCGAUUUUAAAGAGAUAAAUGGUGUAGGGAAGGGUGAUGAUGUUGGAGAAAAUCCCAAGUAAUUCUCAAUGUAUAUUUAAACCCCUAACAUA